GUCUCGCCCAGUAACCCUGGUGCCAUUGUCUUGCACAGUCUGUCUCAACCUCCCAUGUGCAUGUCUUGUGGUUUACCUUAUUGCCCUGUUGGUGAAUGUGCAGGUAGUGUGAAAGUCAGUGGCUUUGAUGGUGAUGGUCACUGUCAUCUGCAAUGUGCAUCUUGCCAAACACCUUCUGUAAGAUCUAGCUCAAGUAGCAUGUCAUGUCCUGUAUGCCCAACCUUGUCAGUACUCCCAAGUGCUACUUUUUAUGUGAGCAGGCCCUAUGCUAUCUUGACAAAAUAUAUAACCAAUAUGUACAGAAGGAAAAUUAUUACAAGAAAACUUUUAAGACAAUUAGCUGGAGACAGAGAAGAUGAAAAUGAAUUGAAUGUGGUACAGUUAAGGAGACACAAAACAGAGUGCGUAAUAAAAACAGGAGAUGAUUCUAGUAAUGAUUCAGAUGUUGAAUCUAAGAACACAAAGACAAAAAAGUUAAGCUACUCAGAAGAAAGGUCUGAAACGAGUAAUUCUUCCAGUGAUGGUGGCUAUUGGGUUGGAGAGGAACCUGAGGAUGGUAUCAGUGCCUUAUCACCCAUUCCAAAGAAAAAACAAUAUCCUAAUAUUUCUUGCACCGCUUCCAGCAAUCUUCACAAAUGGAGAUAUCAACAAAGUUUAACAGAUAAAAGAUUUAAUAGUUCCAUAUAUAGUUCUGGAGAAUCAGGGGUUUCCACAGAUGGUAGUAAUCCAUAUGGUUAUGUCAGAUAUUAUAAUCCAGAAAAUUCCAGUGUUCCCUCUUUGAAAAUGGAAAGCUUGCAUUAUGAAAGAAGUACGAAGCGUUAUACCUACACCAAACCAUAUGGUGUUGAGAGAGAGAACUUCAUCAAUGAUAACAGAGAACAGAAAAGCUCUUCUUGUGAUGAAUUUUUCUAUUAUAUUCCAAAAAAUAAGUGGCCUACUGUAUCCUCCAUACCAGUUGAUGGAAGUCAUAGUGGUCCAAACAUCAGUGUGGCACAAAUUUCUGUAGGUCCUCAAAAUAAAGAAAUUGAUGUAACAAAAGGCUUUACAAAACAGGACUCAAUGGUGAUGAGACCAACAUACAAAUUCUUUAAAGAAAAACUUGGUAGAGUUAGACGUGACUCAGAAUGUUAUGCCAUGGACACAAACACAAACCCUGUUAUGUGUUCCGAAUUUUCCAGUUCCAGAUCUUUGCCUACCAUAAAUUCAAACCUUGUAUUACAAGACAAGUUUAAUGAUUCUCAACAUAAGACUAUCCAUUCAUCAACUCUGAACAUUCCAGCUGCUCCGAUAAUUCUUCCAAGUCUCCUACCAUCUGACUCUGAUAAUGAAUUAACAGAAAGUUCACCAAAUAUAUGUGACAGGACAAUUUAUGAGGCUUCAACUUCAUCAGAUGAUGCGAUGGGUCUUGAGGGUGUGUUGGUAGACUCAAGACAUCAGAAGAAAGUAUUUCCUUUUACAACAAAACCAAAUGUUGCUUAUUAUGUCUCUUCGUGUAGUGGUGAUGAGACUGGAGAAGACAAAAUUGAUUAUUAUGAAAGUCAUAGAAAGCAAGUACCUAUGAUGUUGCCUUUGUCCCGAAGUGAGCCCAACUUAUGGCGAAGAAUUCCUACAACUAGACAUCAUACAGAGAUACCAAAAUUUUCAAGCCAUUAUGUGCAGCUGGUCCAUAGUGUAGAAAAUCCUACCAAAGUAUGUAAUUGUGAAUCACAUAGUCACAGGUCCUCUGACUCAGGUCUUGCAGAUGUCAUUCAUCAUCUUGAGUGUUGUCCACUGAGAAGUGAAACCCCAGGAUUGGGGCGUGGCUCAAGCAUAUCACAUUGUUCACAUUCUUCACAAUUUUCUACUGUUAAAACUUCUCAAGGCACAUCAUCAUGCCAGGUUCGUCCAUUUACUCCAGACUGUAGUUCAGAUACUGACAUUCUUUUCUUAACACCCACAACAACACCUUAUACCUCUACCUCUGUAUCAUAUGCAGAAGAUUCACUUUCCUCUCUGAUAGACUCAGUCACAUUGCAUCAUUCAACAUCUGCAAAUGAGCUAAGCUGCACUAGUUGCUUAGAGCCAACCAGAGAAGAAUCGGUCUUUCGUUCUGGCUUGUAUGCCCACUGGUGGAUGAAAGCAAGCGUUUGUCCUAAGACACUAGCACUGGACAAAUCUAAAAAAGAUUACUUAAGAUUCAGAGUUGACAAAAAACCAGAAGUUCCUCCUAAACCUAAGUUCCUGAAGCCAUCAUAUCACAUACGAAGAGGUGGAACUAAGGGAUCUAUUAUUAAACCCACAGCAAGAUCAGCUUCCACUCAAACCAAUUUUACCCAGGCAGAUCAGUCAGUGAAGUUGCAGGUUAUUCCUCAGGUUUCUUCAUGUUUAAAACACAAUUCUCUUAGUAGUACUAGAUCUGGCCAGUCUGAGGGUGAUCAGUCAGUGAGACCCAAACUUAGAAAGUCUUCGACUCAUCUUAGUCCUCAGACUUCUGUCACCAUGUCACGAGAUCGUAGUUUUGAAUCUCAGGCAUCACAGAUAUCUCAAGUGACUGUGAUACCAAGGCCUUCUAGUGCAAGAGAAGACAUAAGCACAGAAUCUCAGGGAGAUCAAUUAACAUUACCAGUCAAAGCAAACUUAAGUACUUUGAAAAUACAGUCAAAGCUUUCACAAGAGUCAAGUGGAACCAGUGGAAACUCGUGCACUGAACUUUCAAGUCUCCAUAGUUUUAGUGAGUCAUGUGAAAGAGAUGGCAAUCCUCCGCAUCUGCGGGAUUCUUCGGAAGGGCUUGAUGUUGAUUUCCAUCGUAGAGCAUCAUCUCAUUCUCUGCAUGUUGAUGUUGCUCCUACAGAUGCAUUCAAGUCUACUUUAUAUUGGCAACUACAACCUUUUCCAUGUAUUAGCUCUCAGAAGUCUAACUCAGGAAUCUUGAAGACCAGUAAUGAAUCAUCUACACUGGGAAUUUCUGGCUCUGCAGAUGAAGAGCACCAUAAGCCUGUCCUUCCUCCCAAGCCUCCACAUCUACAAUCCUGGCCCAUCAAGCGAUCCAAGAGUCUCCCAAGACUGCCUUUGUCUUCCAUCUCCAUCCACAACCAAAGCAAGGACUUCGCCAGUUAGGUGUACCCUUGGCUGCUCUUGUAUUUAUCCUGCUUGAGGUGCAGUCACUAUCACUUGUUUUGGAGGUAAACACGUUCCCAGGCCACUGAUCAGGACUUGACGAGUGCCAGUCUAACUUACAGUGUUGUAACAAGAGUUCAUACAGUAAAGAAAAAAAAAAAUACUCAGUUUUCUAUUAGAAAUAUUAAGUAUACAAUCAGUGGAAUAAUUUGUUACAAUAAUCUAUGACUACAUUAUUUUUUGCAAAUUACUAUACCAUAAUUAUUUAAAUAUUGAAUGAAAAAUUUGAAAUCCUUUGCUGUUGUAGCUCUUGUAAUGUUUCAAAUUUGUCAAGUAUGAUAGUGUUUUAAAAAUUAAAUAUUAAAAAAAUUAAUUACAUUUUAAGCUGGAUAAUACUAGUAAAAAUAGCUUUACAAAAUUAUUAAAAUAUGUACCUAUCUUUGUGCUUAUUGUAUUUGUUAUUUGAUAUAAGAUUGACAAGUCAGAGAAAGUGAACUGACCUCAAGGUUGUGUGCUAUAUUGUUGUUGGUAUAGCAUACAAAAAUCAUAUUUUCCUGUCAGAGAGGAUAAGUUCAAUACUAGUAGUGGAACUGACUUCCCAGGAAUUGGUUAACUUGACCUAGACCAUAUAGCGUGAGGUUGUCUGAAUCAUAUAUCAUUUAUCAAUAAAGUGAUUAAUUCAGUUGACUAGCAUCCUGAUAAAUGUAAAGAAUUAAUAUUUGUAUUAUCCAAUUCUUGGAGAACAGAAGUUUUGUUAUCUUGAGUAAAAUGUGUGGAAAAUUAAUUGUGUGUUUUUUAGUCUUGGGUGAGGUCACUUGUGUUCCUGGGCAUACCUGCAGAUACUGACUAGAUACCUUGCUUCCUAAAUAUUUAUACUUUAUAUCCCAUUUUUGUUGUACUGGCUUUGCAUGUCUAUACAUGUGAGGUGAUUUUUUAUUAUUGUAACUUUAUUACUCCUUUGUUUUUGCAAUAUUCUGUUACUGUUGUUUUAUCAGUAUUAAUAUUGUCCAGUUUGUAAAGAUGCAGCUUCACCUUUUUUAAAUGCAAACUGAUAUGUGAGUAUGUAAAUUGACAUUUAGCACUUAAUGAAAGUUAUAUAAAAUGUUAAAAAAUCAUGAGAUUCUUGUAUCAUUGUUGAUAAUAUAAUUAAUAUGAAGGCAAAUUUAGAAAACUUUUAUUUCCAGUAUGAUAAGUAAUAGUACUAUAAAUGGAAUAGUAUAUAAUAUAUUAAUGAAAAAAGUAUUAAUGAUGACAUAU